AUGGCGGAACACAACAUUGUUGUCUUUGCGGGCGACCACUGUGGCCCAGAGGUUAUUGCCGAAGCCAUUAAGGUUAUCAAGGCGGUUGAGGACAACAGCCCGACUGCUGGCAAAUUCAAUUUGAAUCACCUGCUGCUCGGAGGAUGCUCUAUCGACAAGACCGGCUCCCCUCUUACAGACGAGGCCCUCGCCGCCGCCAAAGCCUCCGACGCUGUGCUCCUCGGUGCCAUUGGCGGGCCUGAAUGGGGUACUGGCGCCGUUCGCCCGGAGCAGGGCCUUCUAAAGCUACGCAGUGAGAUGUGCGCCUAUGGAAACCUCCGUCCCUGUUUCUUCGCGUCCGACGCACUCGUCGAGACCUCCCCCCUAAAGGCGGAUGUCUGCCGUGGCGUCGACAUGAUGCUAGUCCGGGAAUUGACCUCAGGCCUGUAUUUCGGAGAGAGGAAAGAGUACGAUGGAGUCAAUGCGUUCGACACUACUGUUUAUACGAAGCCAGAAAUCGAGCGUAUCGCACGGCUGGGCGGCUACCUAGCCAAGACUAGGGGAGACUCGCGGGUCAUCUCGCUAGAUAAGGCCAAUGUGUUGGCAACAAGCAGACUCUGGCGUUCUGUGGUUGACGAGGUUUAUAAGAACGAGUUCCCUGAUUUGAAGGUUGAGCAUCAGCUCAUUGACAGCGCCGCCAUGAUCAUGGUCAAGAACCCGAAGCAACUCAACGGCGUUAUGAUAGCGCCAAACUUGGCAGGAGAUAUUCUGAGCGACGAGGCGAGCGCUAUAACUGGCAGCAUAGGGCUCCUCCCAAGCGCUAGUCUCUGCGGAGUUCCCGAAGUGGGCUCCAAAGUGCUUUCUAUCUAUGAACCUAUUCAUGGUAGCGCGCCGGACAUUUCAGGAAAGGGGAUUGUCAACCCCAUUGGCACCAUCCUUUCCGUGGCUAUGAUGUUACGGUACUCUCUGAAUCUUCCCCACGAGGCUAAAGCUGUUGAGGACGCGGUUCGAGCUGCCAUCGACGCCGGACUAAGAACCAAAGAUAUGGGCGGCAGCACAGGCACCGCUGAAGCAGGAGAUGCCAUCGUUGCUGAGCUAGUCAAGGUUCUCAAGGCAUGA